UUUCUUCUUCUAUCCUUCAGAUUGAUUUUACAUUUGGAUAAAGUUGAGUUGCACUUUUUGAAGAAUACAGAAUUUUUGCAGCCGUUGUGGAGUCAACGUAUUGAUACCAGCAGACAGGAGCGAACUCAAACUUAACGCGAAAUUUAACAAGAGGCUUAUUGUGACAAGUGGAAAGGCCUAUGAUGAAUUGAGAAGGCUUUUCGCUGAUCGAGUGAUAGCCAUACCAAAUGCUAGCGCACUGGGACCGAUCGAGCAGCUCAAGUGCGUAUUUACCAAGAAUAAAGUCACUUUUGCUGGGCUGGACGUGUUCUCACGAUGUUUGGAGUGCAAUGGAACAUGCUUUGUGAAAGUACCGGCUCUCGUAAUAGCAGCUUUGUUUGAGAAUCACGUUACUUGUAAGAACGUCUUUCAUGAUGAACCUUUCGAUGUUGCUGAGUGGACAUUGCGACUACGUUCUUUUGAUCAUGGUUACUGUGGUGAAGUAGGAUGCAAAGUUUUGACAGCGAAGGAAGGGCACUUGGUCGUUGCAUGUCGCGGAGGAACAAUUGAUAUAACUGCUAAUAUUGUGAAGCACGAUGUCCUUGAAGAAGGAGUUGAAGUGAUUGUAAGAAAAGUUCCAGAGCAAGCUUCUUCUCGUCCUGGUUACGUCUUUUACAUUUGUGGCUCUUGUGGGAAAGUCUACUGGGAAGAACUAUGA